CGGUCGUCAGUUGCUCGUCGUUGGACCAGUCGCGAACAUCGCGGAACAUCUUUCUCAGCCGAAAGUUCCUGCAAUUAACCGACCCGUGGAUUACGGUUUCUUGCAGUGUCCAGACUAGCAGCAGCCUCAGCAGCGUGUGCUGGAACGCGUUCUGGAUCGUGUCCUUGCAGUGCAGUGUGUGAACAGCUAUCCGGAUUUACGACAGUGGAAUUUGCCAUCACUAGGUGGGAAAAGCACGAUUAGUGGAAAAUAGAGAAAACGAAACGAAACAGACUGAAGGUGACGCGGUACUCCUCAGUGUAAAAGUAGCGAAAACAAACCCAAACGAAUGAAAAACCGUGUCACCUGUGUAAAGCAAAAAUUCUGAAAAGAAAAGUGAAUACUCAACACACAAAACCAGUUGCACCAAACAGAACUCAUGAAGUAACGCGAGGAUCCGGCUCAAAAGUUCUUUCGUUUUUCGGUUGAUUUUUAAUGUUUUUGAUUGGAAGAAGAAAAUUGAAGUAAGCAAAAUAACCCACUUGGAAUAGAGGUCACACCAAACAAGCGACCACCAUGGCGGAAGCGGAAGGAGGGUCGGAGCAGGAUGAUGUUUCGUUCCUGCGGACGGAAGACAUGGUCUGUCUGUCCUGCACGGCAACGGGCGAACGUGUCUGCUUGGCGGCCGAGGGCUUCGGCAACCGGCACUGCUUCCUCGAGAACAUCGCCGACAAGAACAUCCCCCCGGACCUAUCGCAGUGCGUGUUCGUCAUCGAGCAGGCGCUCUCCGUUCGUGCCCUGCAGGAGCUGGUCACGGCUGCCGGUUCCGAAACCGGCAAUGAAUCGGUAGGCAAGGGAACGGGUUCCGGACACCGAACGCUACUGUACGGCAAUGCCAUUCUGCUGCGUCACAACAACAGUGAUAUGUAUCUAGCGUGCCUUUCCACGUCGUCUUCCAACGAUAAGCUAUCGUUCGACGUCGGUCUGCAGGAGCACAGCCAAGGCGAAGCCUGCUGGUGGACGGUACACCCGGCGAGCAAGCAGCGUUCCGAGGGUGAGAAGGUCCGCGUCGGUGACGAUCUGAUUCUGGUCUCAGUAGCAACCGAACGUUACCUGCACACCACCAAGGAGAAUGACCUAUCGAUCGUCAACGCGAGUUUCCACGUUACGCACUGGAGCGUCCAGCCGUACGGCACCGGUAUCUCACGCAUGAAGUACGUCGGCUACGUCUUCGGUGGCGAUGUGCUUCGGUUCUUCCACGGAGGUGACGAGUGUCUAACCAUACCGAGUACGUGGGGACAGGAGACGGGACAAAACAUGGUAGUCUACGAAGGCGGAUCUGUGAUGUCCCAGGCUCGGUCCCUGUGGCGACUGGAGCUGGCCCGUACCAAAUGGGCUGGAGGGUUCAUCAACUGGUCCCAUCCAAUGCGGAUUCGUCAUCUGACCACCGGUCGAUAUCUGGGUGUCAACGAUAACAAUGAGCUGAUUCUGAUGUCACGGGAGCAGGCUACUACCUCGCAGACAGCAUUCGUACUACGUUCCGAAAAGGAUGACCAGAAGGUGGUGCUUGAGGACAAGGAUCUUGAGAUAAUCGGUGCACCGAUCAUCAAGUACGGUGACUCCACCGUCAUCAUGCAGCAUCACGAGUCGGCGCUCUGGGUGAGCUACAAGAGCUACGAAACCAAGAAGAAGGGUGUCGGUAAGGUUGAGGAGAAACAAGCUGUCCUGCACGAGGAAGGUAAGAUGGACGACGGGUUGGACUUUUCCCGCUCCCAAGAGGAGGAAUCGAGAACUGCACGGGUCAUCCGCAAGUGUAGCCAUCUGUUCACCAAAUUCAUCGGUGGCCUUGAAACUCUGCAGGUGAACCGUCGGCAUUCGUUCUUCCUGCAAACUAUCAAUCUCGGCGAAAUGGUGAUGUGCCUGGAGGAUUUGAUUAACUACUUUGCUCAGCCGGAAGAUGACAUGGAGCACGAGGAGCGCCAGAACAGGCUGCGAGCUUUACGAAACCGUCAGGAUUUGUUCCAGGAGGAAGGUGUGUUGAACCUGAUCCUGGAAGCGAUCGACAAGAUCAACAUCAUCUCCUCGCAAGGGUUCCUGGCGUCCUUCCUGGCAAGUGACGAAACCGGCCAAAGCUGGGAGAUGAUCUCCGGUUAUCUGUACCAGCUGUUAGCCGCCAUUAUCCAGGGUAACCACACCAACUGUGCCCAGUUUGCCAACUCCAACCGUCUGAAUUGGUUGUUCUCCCGGUUGGGAUCGCAAGCCUCCAGCGAAGGUUCCGGUAUGUUGGAUGUACUGCAUUGCGUUCUCAUCGAUUCUCCGGAAGCGUUGAACAUGAUGCGGGACGAACAUAUCAAGGUAAUCAUUUCGCUGUUGGAGAAGCACGGUCGAGAUCCGAAAGUCUUGGAUGUCCUGUGCUCGCUCUGCGUUGGUAACGGCGUAGCUGUGCGAUCUUCUCAGAACAACAUCUGCGAUUUUUUGCUACCGGGAAAGAACCUGUUGCUACAGACCAGCUUGGUUGAUCAUGUGGCCAGUGUCCGACCGAACAUUUUCGUAGGACGAGUUGAAGGGUCUGCCGUGUAUCAAAAAUGGUACUUUGAGGUGACCAUGGAUCAUAUCGAGCAAACUACGCACAUGACCCCGCACUUGAGAAUUGGUUGGGCCAAUACGACCGGGUACGUGCCGUACCCAGGUGGUGGUGAGAAAUGGGGAGGUAAUGGAGUCGGUGAUGACCUGUUCUCGUACGGUUACGAUGGAAUGUUCUUCUGGUCUGCUGGACGCAGAACACGGAUAGUUUUCUCGGAUAAUACGGAGCCGUACAUCAAGAAGAAUGACGUGAUCGGUUGUACGCUGGAUCUGAGUGUUCCAGUGAUUCGGUUUACGUUCAACGGAGAACCGGUGCAUGGAUGCUUUACGGAUUUCAAUCUGAAUGGUAUGUUCUUCCCUGUCAUCAGCUGCUCGUCCAAAUUGAGUUGCCGUUUUCUGUUCGGUGGUGAUCAUGGUCGUUUGAAGUUCAAUCCUCCACCGGGAUUCUCUCCACUGGUUCAGUGCCUUAUGCCCCACCAGAACCUUAGCUUGGAUCCGUGCUUCUAUUUUGGUAAUCUACACAAGAGCGUCCUAGCCGGUCCAUGGAUGGUGGAAGAUGAUAGCGCCUUCGUACCGAAGCCGGUGGAUACUUCUACCGUUACGUUGCCAGCUUCCGUGGAAACGAUCAAAGACAAGCUGGCGGAGAAUAUCCACGAGAUGUGGGCCUUGAAUAAAAUUGAAGCCGGUUGGACCUGGGGUGAACGUCGUGAUGACAUGUACAGGAUUCACCCUUGCUUGACGUCAUUCGAGAAAUUACCAGCUGCGGAGAAACGAUACGAUUGUCAACUGGCCGUCCAGACGCUGAAGACCAUUCUUGCGUUGGGAUACUACAUAUCAAUGGAUAAGCCUCCAGCGAGAAUACGACCGAUCCGUUUGCCGAACGAUCCCUACAUGCAGGGUAACGGAUACAAACCAGCGCCACUGGAUUUGAGCGCUGCCGUCCUGAAUCCCAAGAUGGAAGAGCUGAUUGAUCUGCUCGCUGAGAAUACGCACAACCUGUGGGCUAAGGAACGUAUCCAGCAGGGAUGGACAUACGGUCUGAACGAAGACAGCGAGAAUCGACGCAGUCCACAUCUGGUGCCCUACAGCAAGGUAGAUGAAGCCAUCAAGAAGGCGAACCGUGAUACAGCUUCGGAAACUGUGCGGACUUUGUUGAUCUAUGGGUACAACCUGGAUCCACCAACUGGAGAGGCUAACGAAGCCUUGGCUGCCGAAGCAUUCCGGCAGAAGUUUUCCGCUUUCAGGACCUACCGCGCGGAGAAGAACUAUGCCGUCACGUCCGGAAAGUGGUACUUUGAGUUUGAGGUGUUGACCGCUGGUCCGAUGAGGGUCGGCUGGGCACGCGCAGAUUGCAACCCCGGUACCAUGCUGGGUAGUGAUGACUCCUCGUGGGCUUUCGAUGGCUACAAUGAAGAAAAAGUGUCUGGAGGUGCAACGGAAUCAUUCGGCAAACAGUGGGUACCUGGCGAUAUCGUUGGUGUAUUUCUUGACUUAGUGGAUCAUACGAUCAGCUUCUCGUUGAACGGAGAACUGCUGAUGGACGCCCUCGGCGGAGAAACCACCUUUGCCGAUGUUAACGCUCCGGAAGGAGUCGGAUUCGUACCGGCCUGUACCAUUGGAAUCGGUCAGAAAGCCCGCGUCGUCUACGGCCAAGACGUCGACUCACUUAAAUGGUUCACCACUUGCGGUCUGCAAGAGGGCUAUGAACCCUUCUGCGUUAACAUGAAACGCGCCGUUACGCACUGGUACACGAAGGAUCAACCGAUCUUCGAAAACAACGAAGACAUCCCGGAUUGUAAAAUCGACGUCACCCGAAUUCCGGGUGGUGCCGAUACGCCGCCAUGUCUGAAAAUUUCGCACAACACCUUCGAAACGAUGGAGAAGGCCAACUGGGAGUUCUUGCGUCUAUCGCUUCCGGUUACCUGCGACGACACCUUCAUCGAUGAAACGGAGAAGAUGCACCGGUGGGAGGAGAUCCGUAUCCGCCAGCAUCGUUUGCUGAUGGAAACCGAACACCAAACCCAGCCAAGUGGUGCUCACAUGGACCACAUCAUGAAGAGUGGCUUCACCAUGAACGACCUCAAGGGUCUGCAGCGCAACUACUCCGAAGACGGUGUCGAGUCCGACGAUGUCAUGCGUCAUGGACCACAGCGUCCGACGCGUGGUUCUCGCAGAGCGGAAGGCCUCAGUCCACCAGGAAUCGAAAUCAACGGUGAAAUGCACAUGUCCGAUGCUGAAAACGCUUACUCAGAUCACGAAUUGGAGGACGAUCGCAAGAAACGUGGCCGCAGUCCAUUCCGACUGUUCGGAAAGAAACGCGACCAAAGCAAGGACAAGCUGAAGGAUCGGCGCACACCAGAGCCGGAUGCUCGCAAGGGAACUAUGCAGCAACGUACAGUCGCCCGUAGUACGACGAUGCGUUCUUCCAAUGCCGAUAUCCGUGGUUCCGCCCAGAUGGCUGCUGAACGUAAGUCUAUGGGUAGCCCACAGGGAGUCGAGUCAUUCGGAAACGAAGUCUACGAUGCAGAUUGCUUGAAGUUGAUCAACGAAUACUUCUACGGGGUUCGCAUCUUCCCUGGUCAGGAUCCGACCCAUGUCUACGUCGGUUGGGUCACCACGCAGUACCACGUACAUAGCAAAGAAUUCAAUCAGGACAAGGUUCGCCACGCUGCGAUCUACGUCGAAGAUGAAAACGAAAAGACCGUGGAAGUCGUCAAUCGCCAAUCGUGCUACAUGGUCCGAGCAGACGAGCUGUUCAACGAAGUCUCGCAGGAUGCCUCCGGCAAGGGAGCUUCCCAGGGAAUGUUUGUUGGAUGCUUCGUUGAUACCGCCACCGGUACAAUUCGCUUUACCUGCGAGGGUAAGGAAACUUCACACGUGUUCCUUAUGGAACCGGAAACCAAACUGUUUCCAGCUAUUUUUGUCGAAGCCACGAGCAAAGAAAUACUCCAAAUCGAACUAGGCCGUACGCCGACCACCCUACCCUUAUCGGCUGCAGUUCUUCCAACUGGCGACAAACAUAUCAACCCACAGUUCCCACCCAGGUUGAAGGUUCAAUGCUUGAAGCCCCACCAGUGGGCCCGUGUGCCAAACACUGCCUUGCAAGUGCAUGCCCUUAAGCUGUCCGACAUUCGUGGUUGGUCAAUGCUUUGUGAAGACCCAGUAUCCAUGCUGGCUCUGCAUAUACCCGAAGAGGAUCGCUGCAUAGACAUCCUCGAGUUGAUCGAAAUGGAUCGACUGUUGUCGUUCCAUUCUCACACGCUAACUCUCUACUCGGCUUUAUGCUACCAAUCCAACUACCGGGCAGCCCACGCGCUCUGCAAUCACGUUGACCAGAAGCAGUUGCUGUACGCCAUCCAAUCGGAAUACUUAAGCGGACCACUCCGUCUAGGAUUCUGCGAUCUACUGAUCGCUCUCCAUCUGGAAUCCCAUGCAAACACCAUGGAGGUUUGUAAGAACGAAUUCAUCAUCCCAUUGGGUCCGGAACUGAAAGACCUAUACUCGGACCCGGAGAUGUGUCAUUCGCUUAGAUCCCUUCAAACCCUUUCCGUAAAACCCCAAAUGAACAUGACCGAGAUUGCAUCACCCACACCCCCACAAUCGAAUUUGCCAACAAUAGUAGCACCAGAUUCUUCCAGUGAACCGAUUCCGGCAAUUGAUUCGCUUUAUUCGCCAAGAUUCCCGCUCCAAGUGGUGCGGGAGUUUGUUAUGACCGCCCUGAAGGAGGCGGUCGAGAUCAAUCAGGUACACAACCGUGAUCCGAUCGGAGGUUCCAACGAGAACCUGUUCCUGCCGCUGAUUAAGCUGAUCGACAGAUUGCUGUUGGUCGGCGUGAUCAUCAACGAAGACGUCGAGAAGCUGCUGAUCAUGAUCGAUCCCGAGACGUGGGAUCCUGCAUUCGUGAAGGAAGGUAAGGAUGAACAUCGUAAGGGUCUGCUGACGAUGAAGAUGGCCGAAGGUGCCAAGCUUCAAAUGUGCUAUCUGCUACAUCAUCUGUACGACGUCCAGUUGCGGCACAGAACGGAAAGCAUCGUUGCUUUCGCCUACGAUUAUGUGUGCGAUUUACAACAGGAUCAGCUAAGAAGAUACGUCGAGAUCAAACAAUCGGACAUGCCGAGUGCUGUAGCGGCCAAGAAGACCCGUGAAUUCCGUUGUCCACCACGAGAACAGAUGAACGCCAUUCUGUGUUUCAAGAACCUGGAAGGUGAAGAUUUGGAGAACGGCUCAUGCGGACCUGAACUACGCGAUCGUUUGAUAGAGUUCCAUGACAAGCUGAUGGGCAAAGUUUCUCUGAACGCACUGCAGGAACCGGAGGAGGAAUCCACCGAUGCCACAGAAGACACCAAACCGGGAGCUUUGAAGAAGUUGUACAAUUUUAUCAACGCCGUCAAGGAGUUGGAGGAGGAUCCCAAAGAACCCGAAGAGGUUGAGAAGAAAACUCCGGAAGAAAUCUUCCGAAAGGUGCUCAUCAAGCAGAUCGUCUCCUGGGCGGAGGAAUCUCAAAUUGAAAACCCCAAACUGGUUCGUGAGAUGUUCGGCCUGUUGGUCAGACAGUACGAUACGAUCGGUGAACUGAUCAGUGCUAUGAACAAAACGUAUGUCAUCAACUCCAAGACAACUGCCGAUGUUGCAAACAUGUGGAUCGGCUUGAGUCAGAUCCGUGCCCUCUUGCCAGUGCAGAUGAGCCAAGAGGAAGAGGAAUUGAUGCGCAAACGUUUGUGGAAGUUGGUUAACAACCAUACGUUCUUCCAGCAUCCGGAUUUGAUUCGUAUCUUGAGAGUGCACGAGAACGUCAUGGCUGUAAUGAUGAACACUCUGGGUCGACGCGCUCAGGCUCAAAGCGACGCACCUGUACAGUCCAGUGAGGGUGAGGAGACACCGCCGAAGGAGAAGGAUACCUCUCAUCAGAUGGUCGUGGCUUGCUGUCGCUUCCUGUGUUACUUCUGUCGCACAGGUCGUCAAAAUCAGCGAGCUAUGUUCGAUCACUUCGACUUCUUGCUGGAAAACUCCAACAUCUUGCUGUCCAGGCCUAGCCUUCGAGGUUCCACUCCACUGGACGUAGCAUACUCCAGUUUGAUGGAGAACACCGAGCUCGCCCUGGCUCUUCGCGAACACUAUUUGGAGAAGAUCGCCGUCUAUCUAUCUCGUUGCGGUUUGCAAAGCAAUUCCGAGUUGAUUGAACGUGGCUAUCCGGAUCUUGGUUGGGAUCCCGUGGAAGGUGAACGUUAUCUGGACUUCCUGCGAUUCUGCGUGUGGGUCAACGGUGAAAGCGUCGAGGAGAAUGCCAAUCUGGUCAUUCGUUUGCUCAUUCGACGUCCAGAAUGCUUGGGUCCUGCGCUUCGUGGUGAAGGUGAAGGUCUGCUGAAAGCCAUCAUAGACGCCAACAAGAUGUCCGAGAAGAUUGCCGAGUGUCGAAAGAUGCACGAUGAUGCAGAAGGUAUGGUCACUAGCUUGGGUUUCUCGCAUCCACUUCCGGAGGGAGAUGAUGACGAGGACUACAUCGAUACCGGAGCUGCUAUGCUGUGCUUCUACUGUACGCUGGUGGAUCUGCUGGGCCGUUGCGCACCGGAUGCAUCGGUUAUCGAGCAAGGCAAGAACGAAUCACUGCGAGCUCGUGCCAUUCUGCGUUCCCUGGUACCACUGGAAGAUCUCCAGGGUGUUCUGGGUCUGAAGUUUACCCUAAUAAAUCCCGCUGACGGUGAAGAGAGACCAAAAUCGGACAUGCCAUCUGGGUUGGUUCCUGGACACAAACAGAGUGUGGUACUUUUCUUGGAGCGUGUCUAUGGAAUUGAAACGCAGGAAUUGUACUAUCGUCUAUUGGAAGAUUCUUUCCUGCCGGAUCUGCGAGCAGCUACCAUUCUGGAUCGUAGUGACGGUUCCGAAAGCGACAUGGCAUUGUCUAUGAAUCGCUACAUCGGUAACUCCAUUCUGCCUUUGCUCAUCAAACACUCCAAGUUCUACAACGAAGCUGAAAACUAUGCCAGCUUGCUGGACGCCACCCUGCACACCGUCUACCGAAUGUCCAAGAAUCGCAUGCUUACCAAGGGACAGCGUGAGGCAGUUUCCGACUUCUUGGUCGCACUGACCUCGGCCAUGCAUCCAGCUAUGUUGUUGAAACUUCUGCGAAAGCUCACCGUCGAUGUCUCCAAACUGUCCGAGUAUACUACCGUCGCACUGCGGCUGUUGACGCUGCACUAUGAUCGCUGUGCCAAGUACUACGGAACGACCGGCAGUGGUCAAGCGUCACAAUUCGGAGCUUCCUCGGACGAAGAGAAGCGUCUCACUAUGCUGCUGUUCUCGAACAUCUUCGAUUCGCUUAGUAACAUGGACUACGAUCCGGAGCUGUUCGGUAAAGCACUGCCUUGCCUGAUCGCCAUCGGUUGCGCUCUUCCACCGGACUACAGUUUGUCGAAGACAUCCGAAGAUGAUAUGUAUGGUAAGUCAACGAGCAGUCCUGAUCAACCGCACUACAACCCACAACCGAUCGAUACCACCGUGGUACAGUUGAGAAACGACUUGAACCAGAUAACCCAGAAGUUCAGCGAACACUAUCACGAUGCCUGGGCUAGCAAGAAGUUCGAGAACGGUUGGAGCUACGGAGAACAGUGGUCUGAUUCCAACAAGACCCACCCGCGUCUCAAACCGUACAACAUGCUCACAGAAUACGAGAAGGAACGUUACAGGGAACCAGUCCGUGAGAGCUUAAAGGCGCUGCUUGCUCUAAACUGGCGCGUCGAACACUCCGAAGGUGACGUCCCGCUUUCCAAUCGCGGAUCCAUGCGUAGACAGUCCAAGCCGAAUCUUGAAUUACAGGGAGAUACAGGUUCGCCGUUCAACUACAACCCGCAUCCUGUCGACAUGACCAACCUGACGCUGAGCAGGGAAAUGCAGAACAUGGCCGAACGGUUGGCCGAGAAUUCGCAUGAUAUCUGGGCCAAGAAGAAGUUCGAAGAGCUAAACCAGUGUGGUGGCGCUAUUCAUGCUCAGCUGGUGCCGUAUGAUCUGUUGACCGACAAGGAGAAGCGCAAGGAUCGUGAACGCUCACAAGAGUUCCUGAAGUAUUUGCAGUAUCAGGGUCUGAAGUUGCACAAACCAUCGCGCGGAAUGACCGAGGAGCCGGGAGUUACCGCCGCAGCCAUCGAGGCUCGUUUCGCUUAUUCGCUGUUGGAGAAGUUGAUUUCGUACAUCGAUCGUGCCACGAUUAACAUGAAGCUGCUGAGGCCUUCUACGACCUUCAGUCGACGGUCCUCUUUCAAGACCUGCUCAAGAGAUAUCAAGUUCUUCUCGAAGGUCGUGCUGCCGUUGAUUGAGAAGUACUUCUCUUCGAAUCGUAACUACUUCAUUGCGAUCGCUACGGCCACGAACAAUGUGGGAGCAGCAUCGCUGAAGGAAAAGGAAAUGGUAGCCGCACUGUUCACCAAGCUGGCUAGCUUGCUGCGAUACCGUAUGGCUGCUUUUGGAGCCGAUGUGAGGAUCACCGUUCGCUGUCUGCAGGUGCUGGUCAAGGGCAUUGACGCCAAAUCGUUGACGAAGAACUGCCCGGAGUUUAUCCGUACGUCUAUGCUGACGUUCUUCAACAAUACAUCCGAUGACUUGGGACAGACGAUCUUCAACCUGCAGGAAGGAAAGUACGAUCGCCUGCGCGGUACUCAUCUGAAGACGUCCACGUCGCUGGCGUACGUUAAUCAGGUUAUACUGCCGGUGUUGACGGCGUUGUUUGAUCAUCUGGCUGCUUGUGAUUAUGGCAGUGAUCUGCUCCUGGACGAAAUCCAAGUAGCAUCCUACAAAAUUCUGUCAUCGCUGUAUAAUCUUGGAACUGAUGCGAACCUCACGCGGGACCGUAAGUAUCUGAAGACCGAAAUCGAACGGCAUAAGCCUGCUUUGGGUUCUUGUUUGGGAGCGUUCAGCUCUUGCUUCCCGGUUGCCUUCCUGGAACCGCACUGCAACAAACACAAUCCGUUCUCGCUGCUGAAUCGCAUCGCCGAUACCUCCCUGGAAGCUCAGGAUAUCAUGACCAAGAUGGAGAGUUCGAUGCCAACUUUGGAGACGAUCCUUUCAGAGGUGGAUCACUUUGUCGAGUCGGAAAAGACUUACCAAGACGCUCAACAUAUCAUUGACGUUAUUCUACCGUUGCUAUGCUCGUAUCUACCGUUCUGGUGGAACCAAGGUCCGGAUAACGUUAGCCCGCAGUCUGGAAACCAUGUAACUAUGGUCACUGCCGAACAUAUGAAUCUUCUACUGAAGAACGUUCUGAAGAUGAUCAAGAAGAACAUUGCCAACGAAAAUGCACCCUGGAUGACCCGUAUUGCUAGCUUCACUCAGCAGAUCAUCAUAAACAGCUCCGAAGAGUUGCUGAAGGGUGUCUUCCUACCGUUGGCUGAACGUGCGAAAAAGCGAGUCGACAGCAUGUUCCACAAAGAGGAAAGCUUACGAGGUUUCCUGAAGUCUUCCACGGAUGACACGUCCCAAAUUGAAGCCCAGAUUCAGGAAGACUGGCAACUACUGGUUCGCGAUAUCUACUCCUUCUAUCCACUGCUGAUCAAGUACGUUGAUCUACAGAAGAAUCACUGGCUGAAGGAUAACAUUGCCGAGGCGGAAGAGCUGUACAACUACGUUGCCGAAAUCUUCAACGUUUGGUCAAAGAGUCAGUACUUCCUGAAGGAAGAGCAGAACUUUAUCUCUGCCAAUGAAAUCGAUAAUAUGGCACUGAUUAUGCCGACUGCCACCCGUCGUACGGCUGCCGUCUCUGGAGACGCUCCAGCAGCCGGAGGUAAGGUCAAGAAGAAGAAGCGUGCGCGCGACAAGAAGCGUGACAAGGACAAGGAAAUCCAGUCCAGCUUGAUGGUGGCCUGCCUGAAGCGUUUGCUACCGGUUGGCUUGAACCUGUUUGCCGGUAAGGAGCAGGAACUGGUGCAGCACUGUAAGGAUCGCUAUCUGAAGAAAAUGCCCGAAUAUGAAGUGAUGGAGUUCGCUCAUACUCAGCUGACGCUUCCGGACAAGCUAGACCCGGCGGAUGAAAUGUCUUGGCAGCACUAUUUAUACUCCAAGCUGGGCAAGAAGGAGGACACCGCCAUCCAGGAAUUGGUUGAGAAGACCGAUAAGAAGCAGGGCAACAAGAUCGAGGACACGGUCGAACGAAUCGUCGCCAUGGCCAAGGUCCUCUACGGAUUGCACAUGAUUGACCAUCCACAACAACAAAGUAAAAAUGUUUAUAGAAGUUGUGUAUCGAUACAGAGAAAACGGGCGGUUAUUGCUUGUUUCAGACAUGUCUCCUUACAUUCACUGCCAAGACACCGAGCGUGUAACAUCUUCGCCAAGACCUAUUCCGAACUAUGGCUGGAGGACGAGAAUGUUGGACAGGAGGUCAUGAUUGAAGACCUUACUCAAACAUUCGAGGAUGCCGAAAAGAAGAAGAAGGAGGAGGAAGAGGAGGAGGGUAAACCCGAUCCGCUGACUCAGCUGGUGACGACCUUCUGCCGUGGUGCGAUGACGGAACGCAGCGGUGCCCUCCAAGAGGACGCCCUGUACAUGUCCUACGCGAGCAUUGUGGCCCGGUCGUGUGGUGAAGAGGAAGAGGAAGGAGGCGACGAAGAGGAAGGCGGUGGCGGCGGCGAGGAUGAAGGUGGUGCUAGCAUUCAUGAACAAGAAAUGGAAAAGCAAAAACUUCUAUUCCACCAAGCCCGCCUGGCGAACCGUGGAGUGGCUGAGAUGGUCCUGUUGCACAUAUCGGCAUCCAAGGGUAUCCCUUCGGACAUGGUGAUGCGUACCCUGGAGCUAGGUAUUGCCAUUCUACGCGGUGGUAACAUCGACAUCCAGAUGGGCAUGUUGAAUCACCUGAAGGAGAAGAAAGACGUUGGAUUCUUCACUUCGAUCGCUGGCCUAAUGAACUCUUGCAGUGUCCUCGAUCUGGACGCCUUCGAGCGUAAUACCAAGGCCGAAGGUCUCGGAGUCGGUGCCGAAGGAGCAGCGGGCGAGAAGAACAUGCACGACGCCGAGUUCACAUGCGCUUUGUUCCGAUUCAUCCAGCUGACCUGUGAAGGUCACAACUUGGACUGGCAGAACUACCUGAGAACACAAGCCGGUAAUACCACCACCGUCAACGUAGUUAUCUGCACCGUCGAUUACCUGUUGCGACUUCAGGAAUCCAUCAUGGACUUCUACUGGCACUACUCCAGUAAGGAACUGAUCGAUCCAGCCGGUAAAGCUAACUUCUUCAAGGCAAUCGGUGUCGCCAGUCAGGUAUUCAACACCCUCACUGAAGUCAUCCAGGGUCCGUGUACGCAGAAUCAGCAGGCGCUGGCCCACUCCCGUCUGUGGGAUGCCGUCGGAGGUUUCCUGUUCUUGUUCUCACACAUGCAGGACAAUCUCUCCAAGCACUCUAGCCAGGUCGAUCUGCUGAAGGAACUGCUGAACCUGCAGAAGGACAUGAUAACCAUGAUGCUUUCCAUGCUUGAAGGUAAUGUCGUCAACGGUACGAUCGGUAAGCAGAUGGUGGACACCUUGGUCGAAUCGGCUUCCAACGUAGAGCUGAUUCUCAAGUACUUCGAUAUGUUCCUCAAGCUGAAGGAUCUGACCUCCACUCCGAGCUUCAUGGAAAUUGAUCCCAAUGGUGAUGGUUGGAUUUUACCGAAGGACUUCCGCGAGAAGAUGGAGCAGCAGAAGAGCUACACACCGGAGGAAAUAAACUUCCUGCUGGCAUGUUGCGAAAGCAACCACGAUGGCAAGAUCGAUUACAUUGGUUUCGUCGAUCGUUUCCACGAACCGGCAAAGGAAAUCGGCUUCAACUUGGCUGUACUGUUGACCAACCUUUCGGAACACAUGCCCAAUGAACCUCGCUUGGCACGGUUUUUGGAAACUGCCGGAUCCGUCCUGAACUACUUCGAGUCGUUCCUGGGCCGCAUCGAAAUUAUGGGUUCGUCCAAACGCAUCGAACGAGUAUACUUCGAGAUCAAGGAAGCCAACAUCGAACAGUGGGAGAAACCGCAAAUCAAGGAAUCCAAGCGUGCCUUCUUCUACUCGAUCGUUACCGAGGGUGGCGACAAGGAAAAGCUCGAAGCGUUCGUAAACUUCUGCGAGGAUGCCAUUUUUGAAAUGACUCACGCUUCGGGAUUGAUGGCUAGCGACGAGGACGGCGGAAAUGUACACCGCGAGGCAUCCUUCACGUACAUUAGCGAAGAAGAGGAGGAACGUGCAGCACGGGAUCCGAUCAAACGUACGAUCCAAGCCAUCAAGGAUGGUCUAUCCUACUCGAUGUACAUGAUCUCCCCGUCGAACAUCAAGCACCAGAUCGCAGUGUUGCAGACGAAAUCAUUCCCGGAAAUCAUCGUCGGCUUCUUCAAGAUGAUCUUCUACGCAUUCUACUACUCGGGCUUCGGGGUAUCGGUCAUCAUCAAGUACUUGGUGAACAUUCUCAUGUCACUGAUGCGUGGAUCGACUCAAUUGGAAGAGGAAGUGAUCGUAGAGGUUGAACCUACGCUACUAGCGUUACCACCGUUACCGACUGAAGAACCACCGAGCACCGUACAAGCAUUCGGUUUAGAUAUCAGUAAGGAAGAGAACGGACAGUACCGCGUACAAGCGCACGAAUCACCCGCGUUAAGUCCGUCUUCGUCUGUGGAGGAGACUGGCGAAAGCAGUCCAGAAGAUGGUGCCGGCGAACUAUCGGCUGAUGCUGCAAGUGGUGAACCACCGAUGACCUUGAUUGAUCUCUUGGGAGGUGAAGCGGCAAAGCGUGCGGCUCAGGAACGAUCCGAAGCCCAGAAGGCUCAGGAAGCUACACUGGCUAACAUUGAGGCCGAACAGAAGAAAGCAUCUUCUGAAGUUAAGGAGCCAGCUGCCGUUACUCAGAUCGACUUCUCCAAGUACACGAAGAAGGCCGUCAGCUUUUUGGCUAGGAAUUUCUAUAACCUGAAGUAUGUGGCUUUGGUGCUGGCUUUCUGUAUCAACUUUAUGCUGCUAUUCUACAAGGUAACAACACUGGGAGAGGACGACGCUGCAGAUGGAUCUGGCGAUGAUAUGAUGGAAUUGGCAUCGGGACUUGGCUCUGGAUUGGCGGAAACGGUUUUGGAAGGAGGAAGCGGCGAUGGUGGCAGUGGAGAUGGUGGUGAUGAUGGCGACGGAGAAGAUCCAAUGGAAAAGGUCGAGGUGGACGAGGACUUCUUCUACAUGGAACACGUAAUGCGGGUGGCGGCCUUCUUGCACAGUUUGGUAUCGCUCUGCAUGUUGAUCGCUUACUAUCACCUGAAGGUACCACUGGCUAUCUUCAAGCGCGAAAAGGAAAUUGCUCGACGAUUGGAAUUCGAUGGACUGUUCAUUGCUGAGCAACCGGAAGACGACGAUAUCAAAUCACACUGGGAUAAACUGGUCAUUUCGGCCAAGACUUUCCCGGUCAACUACUGGGAUAAAUUCGUCAAGAAGAAGGUCCGUCAGAAGUACAGCGAAACUUAUGACUUUGAUUCUAUCUCCAAUCUACUUGGAAUGGAGAAGAAUGCCUUUGCCGCCCAGGAAAGUGUCGAAGGAGGUGGCUUAUUCCACUUUAUAGCAAACAUCGAUUGGAGAUAUCAGAUCUGGAAGGCCGGCGUCACCAUAACGGAUAAUUCGUUCCUGUACUCACUGUGGUACUUCAUUUUCUCAGUCAUGGGUAACUUCAAUAAUUUCUUCUUUGCGGCUCACUUGCUCGAUGUGGCGGUAGGCUUCAAGACGCUACGUACGAUCUUGCAGUCCGUAACGCACAACGGCAAACAGCUGGUGCUGACGAUGAUGUUGCUCACAAUCAUCGUGUACAUCUACACCGUAAUUGCGUUCAACUUCUUCCGUAAGUUCUACAUCCAGGAGGACGACGAUGGAGAGGAGGGCGAUCGGAAGUGUCAUGACAUGGGCACCUGCUUUGUCUUCCAUCUGUACAAGGGUGUCCGGGCGGGUGGUGGUAUAGGUGACGAAAUCGGUGAUCCGGAUGGUGACGAGUACGAGGUGUACCGUAUCCUGUUCGACAUCUCAUUCUUCUUCUUCGUCAUCGUUAUUCUGCUUGCCAUCAUCCAGGGUUUGAUCAUUGAUGCUUUCGGUGAGCUUCGUGAUCAGCUGGAGUCGGUCAAGGAGGACAUGGAGUCUAACUGCUUCAUUUGCGGAAUAGGCAAAGACUAUUUCGAUAAGGUACCCCACGGGUUCGAUACGCACGUCGCCCAGGAGCACAACCUGGCGAACUACAUGUUCUUCCUGAUGCAUUUAAUCAACAAACCGGACACCGAAUAUACCGGUCAGGAGACGUACGUGUGGAACAUGUACCAGCAGAGAUGUUGGGACUUCUUCCCCGUCGGUGACUGCUUCAGGAAGCAGUACGAAGAUGAACUGAGCGGCGGUGGCAGUUAAUUUGCUGAGUAACAUUAGAACAAACCAAAGAUUACGAACAAACGAACAGAAACCAAACAAUCAUCAACAAAUGUAGGAAGAAAAUUUUAAAGACAUUUUUUCAAAGCUUCCCUUUUAAAAAUUGAUCGACUAUUCCAAAGAAAUCCUUACCCUUUAAAACUUUCCAAAACAAAACAACUUUAAAAACAAAUCAACAUUUAUGAAAUGUCAAUCUGAAAACCCCGUAAAAUCAAAGUAAGACUCAAUUUAGGGAAAAAUUGUAAAUCUUUAAAUCACCCAUUAAGCAACUUAAUAUUUACCUAACAAAGAUCAUCUCAAAACCAAAACCUCUCGCCGGGAACUUCGGGUUACUUGUUAUAAUUCGAUAGAUAAGAACUUGGAACUUGGAAAACUUCUUGACAAGGACGAUCAUCGUUUAAAUAAAUAAAACAAAAACAUGACUAAUUGUCACUUCACGAACGAGCAAACUGACAUUUAGUUGAUAAAUAUUUUAAUUUCAUUUGUUUUCUCGUCUGCACCACCACUGAAGCGUAUGUAUUUCUUUUCGUUGCUUAAGUUUUGUCUUUUUUAUACUCUUUUUAAAUGGUACUGUUAAAAACUAGAAGGAAAACAAAGAAAGAAGAAAAACGUGACAAAUCGACGAAAUGUGGAAGGGUAAACAUUUAUGCGAACUAAGUAGUUAAUAUAUUGAACACUUUUUACCUAGUUGAAGAGAUUUUAUUAAGAUUAAUAAUAAAAACAAAGAUCGAUUACUUAUGAGUAAA